GGACGUUGGUCCCCAAGGGGGUGGAUUGUGAGAUCCCACAUCGGUUGAAGAAGGAACGAAACAUUCCUUAUAAGGGUGUGGAAACCACUUCCUAACAAACAUCUGCUUGCGGUGGGCUGUUACAAUAACCAACAACCAAUAUUGAAUAAAGGGGUAACUUCUGGUGAUGAACUUCCUUUAGCCCAUCUAAAACGCUGGCAAUGGUGGUUCUUGGUGGCACUCAACAUCUUUUUCCUCAUUGUGGGUCAAGCUGCUGCUGUUUUACUUGGGAGAUUUUACUAUGAUCAGGGUGGAAAUAGUAAAUGGAUGGCAACUGUUGUUCAAACCGCUGCCUUCCCAGUUCUUUUUAUCCCGCUCUUCCUUUUCCGUUCCGCCAAGGAUACUUCGACUUCGACUAACCCACCUUCCAUUCUAGUUCUUUUGUUGAUCUAUUUUUCGCUUGGAUCAGUUAUAGCUCUUGAUAACUGGCUUUAUUCAACUGGGCUCUUAUACCUCUCUGCCUCCACUUACUCACUUGUUUGUGCUAGCCAAUUAGCUUUCAAUGCAGUUUUCUCCUACUUCAUCAACUCUCAAAAGUUCACGAUUUUAAUUUCGAACUCUGUGAUUAUCCUUUCCUUGUCUUCUGCACUUUUAGCUGUCGACGACGAUUCAGAACGACCUUCUGGAGUCUCUAAGUCGAAAUAUUUCUUUGGCUUCAUCUGUGCCCUUGGAGCUUCAGCAUUAUACUCUUUGCUGCUUUCCCUUAUGCAGCUUACCUUUCAAAAGGUUUUGAAGCGGGAGACCUUUACCGUGGUCUUAGAAAUGCAAAUCUAUACAUCCAUAGUUGCCACAAUUGUUUCAGUUGUUGCUCUUUUCGCUAGUGGGGAAUGGAAGAGUUUGCCACAUGAAAUGGCAGGUUUCGGAAAGGGUCGAGUUUCAUACGUGUUAACUUUGGUGGGUACAGCCGUGGCUUGGCAGACUUGUUCGGUCGGUGUCGUUGGCUUGAUCUUCAUCGUCUCCUCCCUCUUCUCUAAUGCAAUCAGUACUGUCUCCUUAGCUGUUACACCCCUUGCAGCUCUUGUAAUUUUCCAUGACAAGAUGAAUGGUGUCAAGAUCAUUGCUUUGCUUCUAGCCAUAUGGGGUUUUGUGACUUAUUUGUAUCAAAACUAUAUUGAUGAAUCCAAGGCACAAAGAAGGCGAAACGAAAUGGGUGAAUCCCGUGUCGAGAGGUCCCCUUGUUGAUGGACCAUCUGGUGCACCCUGCACAUAUAGUUCAUGAUAUUUUACUCUUUUUUCAGACGGAUUCAUCUGAAGUCUCCAUUUUCAACAAUAGUGAAUAAAUUCCUGAUAGACAGAAGCAGCAGACGAAGUCUUCUCGGUACACAGAGGUAUGUUCAUACCAUUUAUUUAGAUCAAGCUUAUUAUUAGAAAAGACCGAUUCAUUUUGAUACAAAACCUUUGUAAUUAAAUAGGUUAGUCUUCAAUUAUUACUCUUCUGUGGCAUUCCUAUGAUUUACUUAGUUUCAUGACAGUAUGAAAACUUAUAGAUUUUUGGCCUUUUAAGUUUGCAAUAGCGAAUAGCAUGUCGACAUAUCGGUAGAGAUGACCGAAACCAUUUGAAUAAUCGAAUACAUAAGAUCUCAAAAGAGUUACAUUUUCUUGUU